AUGCCCUCGACAAACAUUGACGCCACCAAGUCUCCCAAUGACACCAAGCAGUACCGCUUGCUUACGUUAGACAAUGACCUACAAGUGUUGCUUAUCCAGUUUCAGCCGGGAGAUGAUUCACCUGACGAUGACUAUUCGGCCGAUGGAAGUAGCGAUGACGAGAACGACAGCGAAGACGAGGAUGGAAGCGAAGAUGAUGAUGGCGACGAAAGUUGCAGUGACGACAGCGACAUGGAUGCAGGCUCCCGUGGACGGCCGUCGGACGUAUCGAUGGGAAGCCACCCGUCCAAGGGCAAAUCAUCCAGUCGUCGCGCCGGUGCCUGCUUGACCGUGGGUGUCGGAAGUUUCUCGGAGCCCCAAGAGUUGGGUGGGUUGGCGCACUACUUGGAGCACAUGCUGUUUAUGGGCAGUGAGAAGUACCCCGACGAAAACGAGUUCGAGUCAUUUUUGAGUGCCCAUGGCGGGUACAGCAACGGUGAAACGGACUGCGAGCGCACGAGCUACUUGUUUGAGGUCGGGCCGGACCAUCUGCAGCACGCGCUCGACAUGUUUGCGCAGUUCUUCAUCUCCCCGCUCAUGAAAGCCGACGCGAUGGACCGCGAGCUGUGCGCCAUCGAGUCUGAGUUUAACCAAGCGACCACAAGCGACCAGAUUCGCCUUCAGCAAGUCCUCGCCACGACGGCGGACGCCCACCACCCGUUCCACCACUUCAACUGGGGAAAUACAAAGUCGCUCCGAGACAUCCCAGCAGCCCGCGGCAUCGACGUCCGCGCCAGAGUCCGAUCGUUCUACGACUCGCACUACUCGGCCAACUUGAUGAAACUGGUGGUGUGUGGACAAGACAGCCUCGACGACAUGGAAUCAUGGGUGCGCACAUCGUACAGCCCCAUCCAGAACAAACAGGUGCCCCCCCCCUCGUUUGCAACGUUGUCACAGCCGUUCGGACGAGGCGUCGAUGCCUCUCCCAUGCAGUGCCAGAUCGUGCCGCUGAAAACCAUCCACACGGUGUCCCUCUUGUGGUGCUUGCCGCCACUAAGUGGGCACAAUCACUUGAAACCCCACGACUACGUUGCAUCGAUCGUGGGCCAUGAAAGCGAAGGCUCCAUCUUGUUCCUGCUCAAGAGCCUAGGGUGGGCGUUGUCGAUGUCGGCGGGGCUGACAGAAGACCACGGGUACGACUACGGCACGUUUGGCAGCGUGUUUACGAUCGAGAUCAAGCUCACGGCGGAAGGGCUGGCGCAUGUCCAUGACGUGGUGACGGUAGUGUUUCAGUUUCUCACGAUGAUGCGCGCGUCGCCGUUGCCGGCGUGGAUAUUCGACGAGGCCAAGGCGAUCACAGAGUUGAAUUUCCAAUUCCAAGAAGAACAAGACGCGAUUGAAAAGUGCGAAGAACUCGCGGCUAUCAUGCAGGAAAUGUUUCAAGUUUGUGCCCAAGACUUGUUGCGGUAUGACGUGCUCAAAGGCGACUUUGAAGCGGCGAUUGUACACUCGACCGUGUUGCAGCACUUGACUGUGGACAACCUCCGCUUGCACAUCGUGUCGAGCUCGUUUGCCGAUGCUUCCGCCGUCACAUGGAAGGAAGAAGAAUGGUUUGGAAUCAAGUACGUGAUAGAACCGAUUGCCCCAGAUGUGUUGUCACGGUGGUCGACGUGCGGCGUGCAUCCCAACUUGCAUUACCAAGCCCCCAACCCAUUCAUCCCCACCGAUCUAUCGCUCAUCCACGUCAGCGACUCGCAGCAAAACGCUCCGCGACGUCUCCCGACCGACGACGGACCGCCUGUUUGGUACCACCCUGGAGUUCCGUUCCGGACACCACGGGCCCAUGUGGUGUGCUCCGUGACCAACCCCACCGUCAUCCAGUCCGCCAAAGCCAUGAUGGCCAGCGGGUUGUACCUCCGCCUGGUCAAAGAUGCACUGAAUGCAUAUGCAUACCAGGCGCAGGUGGCGCAGCUGUCGUUCGACGUGCACGUCAAGGACGCCGGCUUUGAGUUGUUUGCGUGUGGAUUCAACGACAAGCUGCCGCAACUGGUUCGGGUCAUGGUGCAUACGCUGGUGGGGUUGGAGUUUGCCGACAGCCGGUUUGCCGUGCUCAAGGACGAACUCGUGCGUCAGUACCAGAACGCGCUGUUGAAAGUGCAAGCCAAAGCCAAGUUUACCAGACUCGACGUGCUAUUGGGCACGAGCUUCUCCCACCAAGCCCUCCUCGACGAAGCGGUGCAGUUCACUGCCCACGACAUGCGGCAGUUCGUCUCGACCGAACUUUGGCAACGCGGCGCCAGUGUUACGGGCAUGGUGCACGGCAACAUGACUGCCCACAAAGCCACGGAUUUAAUCCACCAAGUUGCGACGACCAUCGCGACGGUGGCGGCCCCGGCACAAAACCAGUGGAUCCCCCGCCUCGUGCGCGCGAUCGCGCCGUCCAGCAACACGAUUCUGUGGCAAAAAAGUGAUCACGACCAGGACGUCAACACGAUCGUCGAGUAUUACUUUCAAAUGACCAACCACACGAUUGAGACAAUGGCGUUGACGGACCUGCUCCAGCAAAUCAUGGAGGAACCGCUCUUUGACUCGCUGCGCACCAAGAAGCAGCUGGGCUACGAAGUGUCGUGCACGGCGCGGGAGACGCACGGCAUCCUCGGCUUUGGCCUCGCGGUGGUGUCGUCGUCGGCGUCGGCGGCCGCCAUCGCCGUCGAGAUGGACGCGUUCUUGGAAGAGUUCCGCCACACGCUGGCCAAUAUCACGGCUGACCAGUUCAGCCAACACGUGCAGUCCCAAGUUCAGCUCAAGCGCGAGCCAGACGUGACCAUGAUGGUCGCCACGGAACGCUUUUGGACAGAAAUUUCCAACCAGCGACUAGCGUUCGACCUGAACCGCGACGUUGCAAACUGGCUAGAGUCCAAUCGCUGCACGAAGGAAACCCUCGAGGCCUUUUACUCCGACUGGUUUGGACCGACGGCUCGGAAGCUCCAAGUGCAUGUGGUGGGCCAGCGCUCGUCCUCCCCCAACAUCCCCCCGACGAAUGGCGUGACGACCCCCCAUGCGAUCGCGCAAUUCAAAGCGUCUUUAGCGAUGCACCCUGAAUCCAAGACCAUUGCUUAAGGGAAUUACACAUCAAUCAUACUAUUAGUAUUAACAUUAAUACUAAUAGUAUUCCCUUGGCUAGUACUCUA